GGGGCUGGCGCCGAGCUGGGCGCGGAACGCGGAGCGCGGAGAGCGCCGCCCGGCACUGAGCAGAGCUCCAAGCGCCGAGAGGCAGCCGCAGAGCCCGGCCCGGGGGCGAUUGGCCCGCAGCGCCCCCGGGUCUGUCCCCGGGGCGCCAUGGCCCUACUGCGGCCGGGCGCACCCGCGGGGCCCUGGGCUCGCUGGCUUGUGCGCAGCUAAGCGGGGUGUAGGUUGGAAGGGCCAGGGCCCCCCGGGGCGCAAGUGGGGGCCGGCGCCAUGGAGCCCCCGACCGUCCCCUCGGAAAGGAGCCUGUCUCUGUCACUGCCCGGGCCCCGGGAGGGCCAGGCCACCCUGAAGCCUCCCCCCCAGCACCUGUGGCGGCAGCCUCGGACCCCCAUCCGUAUCCAGCAGCGCGGCUACUCCGACAGCGCGGAGCGCGCCGAGCCGGAGCGGCAGCCGCACCGGCCCAUAGAGCGCGCCGAUGCCAUGGACACCAGCGACCGGCCCGGCCUGCGCACGACCCGCAUGUCCUGGCCCUCGUCCUUCCAUGGCACUGGCACCGGCAGCGGCGGCGCGGGCGGAGGCAGCAGCAGGCGCUUCGAAGCAGAGAAUGGGCCGACACCAUCUCCUGGCCGCAGCCCCCUGGACUCGCAGGCGAGCCCAGGACUCGUGCUGCACGCCGGGGUGGCCACCAGCCAGCGCCGGGAGUCCUUCUUGUACCGCUCAGACAGCGACUAUGACAUGUCACCCAAGACCAUGUCCCGGAACUCAUCAGUCACCAGCGAGGCGCACGCUGAAGACCUCAUCGUAACACCGUUUGCUCAGGUGCUGGCCAGCCUCCGGAGCGUCCGUAGCAACUUCUCACUCCUGACCAAUGUGCCGGUUCCCAGUAACAAGCGGUCCCCGCUGGGCGGCCCCACCCCUGUCUGCAAGGCCACGCUGUCAGAAGAAACGUGUCAGCAGUUGGCCCGGGAGACUCUGGAGGAGCUGGACUGGUGUCUGGAGCAGCUGGAGACCAUGCAGACCUAUCGCUCUGUCAGCGAGAUGGCCUCGCACAAGUUCAAGAGGAUGUUGAACCGUGAGCUCACACACCUGUCAGAAAUGAGCAGGUCGGGAAACCAGGUCUCAGAGUACAUUUCCACAACAUUCCUGGACAAACAGAAUGAAGUGGAGAUCCCAUCACCCACGAUGAAGGAACGAGAAAAACAGCAAGCGCCGCGACCAAGACCCUCCCAGCCGCCCCCGCCCCCUGUACCACACUUACAGCCCAUGUCCCAAAUCACAGGGGUGAAAAAGUUGAUGCAUAGUAACAGCCUGAACAACUCUAACAUUCCCCGAUUUGGGGUGAAGACCGAUCAAGAAGAGCUCCUGGCCCAAGAACUGGAGAACCUGAAUAAGUGGGGCCUGAACAUCUUUUGCGUGUCGGAUUACGCCGGAGGCCGCUCGCUCACCUGCAUCAUGUACAUGAUAUUCCAGGAGCGGGACCUGCUGAAGAAAUUCCGCAUCCCUGUGGACACGAUGGUGACAUACAUGCUGACGUUGGAGGAUCACUACCACGCUGACGUGGCCUACCAUAACAGCCUGCACGCAGCCGACGUGCUGCAGUCCACCCACGUACUGCUGGCCACGCCUGCGCUAGAUGCAGUGUUCACGGACCUGGAGAUUCUUGCCGCCCUCUUUGCGGCUGCCAUCCACGAUGUAGAUCACCCUGGGGUCUCCAACCAGUUCCUCAUCAAUACCAAUUCGGAGCUGGCGCUCAUGUACAACGAUGAGUCGGUGCUCGAGAAUCACCACCUGGCCGUGGGCUUCAAGCUGCUGCAGGAGGACAACUGCGACAUCUUCCAGAACCUCAGCAAGCGCCAGCGGCAGAGCCUACGCAAGAUGGUCAUCGACAUGGUGCUGGCCACGGACAUGUCCAAGCACAUGACCCUCCUGGCUGACCUGAAGACCAUGGUGGAGACCAAGAAAGUGACCAGCUCAGGGGUCCUCCUGCUGGAUAACUACUCCGACCGCAUCCAGGUCCUCCGGAACAUGGUGCACUGUGCAGACCUCAGCAACCCCACCAAGCCACUGGAGCUGUACCGCCAGUGGACAGACCGCAUCAUGGCUGAGUUCUUCCAGCAGGGUGACCGUGAGCGCGAGCGUGGCAUGGAAAUCAGCCCCAUGUGUGACAAGCACACUGCCUCCGUGGAGAAGUCUCAGGUGGGUUUUAUUGACUACAUUGUGCACCCAUUGUGGGAGACCUGGGCGGACCUUGUCCACCCAGAUGCCCAGGAGAUCUUGGACACUUUGGAGGACAACCGGGACUGGUACUACAGCGCCAUCCGGCAGAGCCCGUCUCCGCCACCCGAGGAGGAGUCAAGGGGGCCAGGCCACCCACCUCCGCCUGACAAGUUCCAGUUUGAGCUGACGCUGGAGGAGGAAGAAGAGGAAGAAAUAUCAAUGGCCCAGAUACCGUGCACAGCCCAAGAGGCAUUGACAGCGCAGGGAUUGUCAGGAGCCGAGGAAGCUCUGGAUGCAACCAGGGCCCAGGAGGCAUCCCCGGCCCAGGAGUCAUUGGAAGUUAUGGCACAGGAAGCAUCCCUGGAGGCCGAGCUGGAGGAAGUGUAUUUGACACAGCAGGCACAGUCCACGGGCAGUGCACCUGUGGCUCAGGAUGAGUUCUUGUCCCAGGAGGAAUCCGUGGUUGCUGUAAGCCACAGCAGCCCCUCUGCCCUGGCUCUUCAAAGCCCCCUUCUCCCUGCCUGGAGGACCCUGUCUGUUUCAGAGCAUGCCCCGGGCCUCCCGGGCCUCCCCUCCACGGCGGCCGAGGUGGAGGCCCAACGAGAGCACCAGGCUGCCAAGAGGGCUUGCAGUGCCUGCGCAGGGACAUUCGGGGAGGACACAUCCACACUCCCAGCUCCUGGUGGGGGGGGGUCAGGUGGAGACCCUACCUGAUCCCCAGACCUCUGUCCCUGUUCCCCUCCACUCCUCCCCUCACUCCCCUUCUCCCCCAACCACCUCCUCCGCUGCCUCAAAGACUCUUGGCCCUCCUGAGAAAAAAGAAAACGAAAAGUGUUUUGUUUUUUUUCUCUUUUCUUUUUUCCCCUUUCCCCCUGCCCCCACCCACGGGGCCUUUUUUUGGAGGUGGGGGCUGGGGAAUGAGGGGCUGAGGUCCCGGAAGGGAUUUUAUUUUUUUGAAUUUUAAUUGUAACAUUUUUAGAAAAAGAACAAAAAAAGAAAAAAAAAAGAAAGAAACACAGCAACUGUAGAUGCUCCUGUUCCUGGUUCCCCCUUUCCACCUCCAAACCCCUCCCCUCACCUUCCCCCACCGCCCCCCAAGUUCCAGGCUCAGUCUUCCAGCCGCCUGGGAGUCUCUACCUGGGCCCAAGCAGGUGUGGGGCCUCCUUCUGGGCUUCUGAAUUUUGGAGGAUUUCUAGAACGUGGUCAGGAAUAGCCAUUCUAGGCGGGGCUGGAGCCAGGGUGGGGAGCAGUCACUGUGGGAGGUCCCAGCUCCAGCGCCCGUCUGGUUUGCUGCCUCCUCUCCCCCCUAAAAAAGUCUUCCGCUUGAUUUUGCACAAUCCCGGCGAUACUCCUGGCGAUACUGACUAGAAAGGCAGGGAGCUGGGGGAGCUGUUCACUUUAGGAUACGGGGGUGGUGUGGAAGGGGGCGUUCACACCGCCAGCCUCAGGCCUGGGAUUUGAGGAGGGCCCUAGACCUCCUCCACUCUCCAUCCCCUUUCCCUUCCAUUUUGGGUUCACUUUGAAUUUUCCGUUUUGGGGGGUGGUGGCUCUGAUCCACUCACACCUCCCCCCCACCACCCCACUUCUAGCUGCUUCUCCUCUUGUUUCUGCCUUAAUAAUUCCCACGGCCACAGGCAAGGGGGUUGCAGUGGCCGCCUGCACCUUGGGUGAGGCAGGGCCAGGCGCCCAGAACCCCCAUCCUGGCCUCACCCCCCUUUCCAGGGUUCCCCGGACCCCACCUUCCACUUUCUGAUCACAGCCCCCCGACCUUUUGCCCUAGAAGGAAGCAAUAAUGGUGUAUACCUUCAUUCUCAUUCCUGGGCAACCCUUCCUUCCACCCUGGCACCAAAAUAAUUUCUCCUCCAUCCGUACCUUGCCAAGCCUCUCCCUCUCCCCCAGCUAGUCCCUGAGCAAUACGGCAGACAGAUGCAAGGCCAUUUUUCUCCAAGCCAUGGGGGACUGUUUGGAAGGAAAGACCCCCUCUCUCCCUCCUCCCCUCGCCCCUCGGCCUGGUUCUGCAGCUGGACCAACCUCAUCACCUGCCCCCUACCCAAUUCUGAGCACACGGUACUGUAGCCCCCAGCUCCUCCCUAGCCUUCCAUCCCUCUGUCCACCCCAGGGGGAUGUAACCCCCCACUCGCACUCCCUUGAUGCUGUCUGUACAGGGUUCAUAUUUUGUAGCGAAAGUCGUUUUUGUCCCAGCCGGCGAUCGGAGUGGGCCUUUUCUUUCUUUUUGUUCAUUCUUUAUCUUUUUUUCUUUUCUUUCUUUCUUUUUUGUACAUACUGUAAGGUUGGUUUGUAAAUUAUUCUACGGAGGCAAAAAGGGAAAAUAAAAACUUGCCCUUCCCUGGCUGACCCAGUCGGGAAGGUAGGGAAGGGGGUCUCCCGUUGGGAGAGUCUCUGUUCCUGCUGUAUUAUACAAACUGUACCAUAGUCCUGGGAAAAGGGUGGACUCACCGCUGUUGUUUUAUGGGAAGUCGUGUCAUCCUAGGGGUUGGGGCUGGGCAGAGCCUGUCCCCUCCCCUUUCUCCAGGAGCCAGGGGGUGACUGGAGAGACAGACCCCACCCCCAAGCAGGGCUCCUCUCCCCAGGGUGGGCACAGGACCUCUGUAAGCUGCUUGUGUAUUGUCCACUUUGACGAUCAGUCAUUUGGUCUGUUGAUCAAUAAUCCUUUGAUCUUGUCUCCAAUUAAACCGAGGCUUUCACCGAUA